AAGUUUCUUCUUUUUUAAAACAACAACUUACCAAAAAAACAAACGAUUGUCUCUCUCAUCACUCUCACAUUUCUUCACACAUUUGUCACACUCUGGAGCCGCGAUUCUCUACAUCCAUGGCUACCGUACAACUCGAAUCCUUCUCCCUUAUUCCCUCUUCCCAACACCCACGUACAGUCGCUUCCUCCCUCUCCUGCCGCCCGAUCGCUGCUAGGUUUCCUCCCUACACCGGUCUCAAGCUACGACCACUCGCCGCUACUAGUUUGCGGAGUCGAUUCGCUGCUUCUAGAGUCGUUCCUCGCGGAGGAAGAGUCCUGUGCGAGGCUCGAGAUACUGCUGUUGAAGUGGCUUCUAUUACUGAUGGAAAUUGGCAAUCCCUUGUAAUCGAAUCCGACACUCCAGUGUUGGUCGAAUUCUGGGCUCCAUGGUGCGGUCCCUGCCGAAUGAUGCAUCCCAUAAUUGACGAGCUGGCAAAGGAAUAUGUAGGUAAGUUCAAGUGUUACAAACUCAAUACUGAUGAGAGUCCUUCAACUGCUACUCGCUAUGGGAUUCGAAGUAUUCCAACUGUCAUCUUCUUCAAGGAUGGUGAAAAGAAAGAUGCAAUUAUCGGUUCUGUACCCAAGGCAUCAUUGAUCACAACUAUAGAAAAAUUUCUGUGAGGUAACGAACAACAAACAAACAAAAGCUUCAACUGGAAGUAAAGAUAUUUUUCCCAUUAGUCACAUCUCAUCAAGCCAAUUAUGUCAAGUUUGAAUGGUUUGUUUUCUUAAUAAUCAUGAAUGGUUCUGUACAGUUAUGGGAUGCUUCCCUAUUGUUUUUUUAGAUGAUUUAUAGUCACUAAUAUGACCAAUGUUGAAAUCUACUAGUAUUUUACA